UGUUCAGCCUGACCCUGAAGAAGCUCGUCAUGCUGAAGGAAAUGGACAAAGACCUUAACUCGGUGGUCAUCGCUGUGAAGCUGCAGGGUUCAAAAAGGAUUCUUCGUUCCAACGAGAUCAUCCUUCCAGCUAGUGGACUGGUGGAAACAGAGCUCCAGUUAACCUUCUCCCUCCAGUACCCGCAUUUCCUUAAGCGAGAUGCCAACAAGCUGCAGAUCAUGCUGCAAAGGAGAAAGCGCUACAAGAACCGGACCAUCUUGGGCUACAAGACCUUGGCUGUGGGACUCAUCAACAUGGCAGAGGUGAUGCAGCACCCCAACGAAGGCGCGCUGGUGCUCGGCCUGCACAGCAACGUGAAGGACGUGUCCGUGCCUGUGGCAGAAAUAAAGAUCUACUCGCUGUCCAGCCAGCCCAUCGACCACGAAGGAGUCAAGUCCAAGCUCUCUGAUCGCUCUCCCGAUAUCGACAACUACUCUGAGGAGGAGGAGGAGAGCUUCUCCUCAGAGCAGGAAGGCAGCGACGACCCGCUGCAUGGACAGGACCUGUUCUACGAAGACGAGGAUCUGCGGAAGGUAAAGAAGACCCGGAGGAAACUGACCUCAACCUCUGCCAUCACCAGGCAACCUAACAUCAAACAGAAGUUUGUCGCCCUCCUGAAGCGGUUUAAAGUUUCAGACGAGGUGGGCUUCGGCCUGGAGCACGUGUCCCGGGAGCAGAUCCGAGAGGUGGAAGAGGACUUGGACGAGCUGUACGACAGUCUGGAGAUGUACAACCCCAGCGACAGCGGCCCUGAGAUGGAGGAGACGGAAAGCAUCCUCAGCACGCCGAAGCCCAAGCUCAAGCCCUUCUUUGAGGGGAUGUCGCAGUCCAGCUCCCAGACGGAGAUCGGCAGCCUCAACAGCAAGGGCAGCCUGGGGAAGGACACCACCAGCCCUAUGGAGUUGGCUGCUCUAGAAAAAGUCAAAUCUACUUGGAUCAAAAACCAAGAUGACAGCUUGACUGAGACGGACACUCUGGAAGUCACUGACCAGGACAUGUUUGGAGAUGUGAGCGCCAGUCUGGUUGUGCCAGAGAAAGUCAAAACUCCCAUGAAGUCCAGCAAGACGGAUCUCCAGGGCUCUGCCUCCCCCAGCAAAGUGGAAGGGGUGCACACGCCGCGGCAGAAGCGGAGCACGCCCCUGAAGGAGCGGCAGCUCUCCAAGCCGCUGAGCGAGAGGACCAACAGCUCCGACAGCGAGCGCUCCCCGGACCUGGGCCACAGCACGCAGAUUCCAAGAAAGGUGGUGUAUGACCAGCUGAAUCAGAUCCUCGUGUCAGACGCAGCCCUCCCCGAAAACGUCAUCCUGGUGAACACCACUGACUGGCAGGGCCAGUACGUGGCCGAGCUGCUCCAGGACCAGCGGAAGCCUGUGGUGUGCACCUGCUCCACCGUGGAGGUCCAGGCCGUGCUGUCCGCCCUGCUCACCCGGAUCCAGCGCUACUGCAACUGCAACUCUUCCAUGCCCCGGCCGGUGAAGGUGGCCGCGGUGGGGGGCCAGAGUUACCUGAGCUCCAUCCUCCGGUUCUUUGUCAAGUCGCUGGCCAGCAAGACCCCCGACUGGCUGGGCUACAUGCGCUUCCUCAUCGUCCCCCUCGGUUCUCACCCGGUGGCCAAAUACUUGGGCUCCGUCGACAGUAGAUACAGCAGUUCCUUCCUCGACUCUGGCUGGAGAGAUCUGUUCAGUCGCUCAGAGCCCCCAGUGUCAGAGCAACUGGACGUGGUGGGGCGGGUGAUGCAGUACGUCAACGGGGCGGCAGCGACGCACCAGCUUCCCGUGGCCGAAGCCAUGCUCACCUGCAGGCACAAGUUCCCUGAUGAAGACUCUUACCAGAAGUUCAUUCCCUUCAUUGGCGUGGUGAAGGUGGGUCUGGUUGAGGACUCUCCCUCCACCGCAGGCGACGGGGAAGAUUCACCGGUGGUCAGCCUUACUGUGCCCUCCACGUCACCACCCUCCAGCUCGGGUCUGAGCCGAGACGCCAUGGCCACCCCGCCCUCCUCCCCGUCCAUGAGCAGCGCCCUCGCCAUCGUGGGGAGCCCCAGCAGCCCGUACGGGGAUGUGAUCGGCCUCCAGGUGGACUACUGGCUGGGCCACCCCGGGGAGCGGAGGAGAGAGGGUGACAAGAGGGACGCCAGCUCCAAGAACACCCUCAAGAGCGUCUUCCGCUCGGUGCAGGUCUCCCGCCUGCCCCAUGGCGGGGAGGCCCAGCUCUCCGGCACCAUGGCCAUGACUGUGGUCACCAAAGAGAAGAACAAAAAAGUCCCCACCAUCUUCCUGAGCAAGAAACCCCGAGAAAAGGAGGUGGACUCCAAGAGCCAGGUCAUCGAGGGCAUCAGCCGCCUCAUCUGCUCUGCCAAGCAGCAGCAGACCAUGCUGAGAGUGUCCAUCGAUGGAGUCGAGUGGAGUGACAUCAAGUUCUUCCAGCUGGCAGCGCAGUGGCCCACGCACGUCAAGCACUUUCCAGUGGGCCUCUUCAGUGGCAGCAAGGCCACCUGAGGCCUGUGUCCCGGCCAUCUCCCUCCUGGCACAGCCACCAGCCUCACCGCCUGCGGGCAGGGGGAGGCCAGCAGGCCCGGGCCAAGCUCCCCCCUCCCUGGCACUGGGUCCUGCCUCUCCACGAGCCAGGCCUGAAGGACACUGCCACUGCCCAGGCCACCCCGUGCAGCCCCCACCCGCCUCUCUCGCUCCCUCCUGCUCCAGGCCGAGGGCGUGUUGGUUUUGCCUUCUGGUGCCCCUAGUCCCUGGGGCUGAGUCCUCCAGGCCUUCCUCACCCGAUUCCAGCCUGUUCCUGGCGGCACCAGUUCCCUCCUGCAGACAGGAGACCUGGCAGCCCGGGCCUCGGCAGAAGAGCCGUCCUCCCCGAAGCCCUCCAGCCGCCGGAUCUCGUCCUCUGAGGCCCCGCUGCCAGAUGCCACCCUCUCCGCCGGCCUGACGCCGGGCCCAGGCCACUUCCCCCUCCUGCGGGGUCCUCCUCCUGCCCCGCAGCUUCCGUGGUGGGGGAAGAGGCACCCCGAGCCUGUGGGACCCUCCCCACUGCACACGGGCGGGAGGCAGCGCCCUCCCCCCAGGACCCCGUUACUGUGGCGACACGCGUGUUUCCGGGAUGGAGGAGCAGCCCGGUCUUCCCCAUGCACGACUUCCUGCCACCCUCCGGGUCCCUGCAGGUGUCGCGUGUGUCCCGAGUGUUUUUCUAGUUCUCUGCACGGCCAUUCUCUUGGUGGUUCUGUGCUCCGCUCCCUGUCCUGUGGCUUCUUCCCUUGUGGCUGACGCUCCCCUGCCUCCCAGCCCGCCCCAGCCCCGCCAGCCUGGACUCCAGACCCCACCAGCACAUCGCGUGGCCCAGCCACCGUCCUGUCAUCUCCCUCCUCGCACCGUGUCCUGUCAUCCGUGUGCCUGUCCUGCUGUUCUCCGCCCCCACCCCGCCCCGCCGGGCCCCCAGUCCCGCCUCGGUCCUCGGCCUGGACCACCUGGUGCGGGUGAGGCUGAGGAUGCGGCCGUCCUCGUGCCCACCAGCAGCGCCAGAGCUUUUCCUGUCCUCCCACUCCCUCCCGGAAGUUUUUGCACAGAACUUCAUUUUGAAAGUGUUUUUCUCAUUCUCCACACCUCCCCAGACCGUCCUCCAGCCCUCCCCGUGGCCCAGCCCCGCUGUCCAGCGCGUCCCUGGGCCGGAGAGAGGAGACGGGGCGGGAGGGACUGAGGUGAUGUUGGGUUUUUCAUUCAAUAAACCGGUGAUUUCUUACCGAC